CGUCGAUAAAAUUCUGUAUUUGACACAGGCAGGCAGGUCGGUCUCGCGCGGUUCGCAGAAAAAGUGACAAAAUUUUGCUAGAAAUCCGUUCCGGCGAGGGCCAAAAUAGUGCACAUCCGUCGCGGUACUCGGUGGCGAUCCGUUUGCAUAUAUUUUUCUGCCCCAUACGCCACCGUUUGACAGUGAAAAGUGACCGCAAAGUUUGGCCGAAUUGAGAUCCCCCGCCGCAGAGUAGUUGUGUCUCGUCGCGUAUCGUUUGCGUGCUUUGCGAGGAAGGCGAAGGAAAAAAGGUCGCCAUGACAGUCGUCGGGUCGGCUCGAUCUCAGCUCAGCGGCAGCCUCUAGGAAAAAAAAAAGAAUUUUUCCAAUGAACAGCGGGCCUGUGAUGCGUGUGCUUUCGAAUUUUAUUGGUCAUUUUUCGAGUUGAAUUUUUCGACCUGUGCAGAAAAAAAAGAAAUACCGAGUUUUUUUCUGUUUUUAUUUUAACUAGUUAGAUUUUAGUGGGUAAAGUGCGAAUGAAGUGAUUAUGGUGCAAGGGAAGGGAAUGGACGAUUGUUAAGCCAUUUUUCCUUUGGAUUGAUCGAAGACACCGCACUCUUUCCCGCAGCGGCCCAGUGAGUAUGUGUUAGAGCGAGCAAGUAAGCAAAUCGGAAAAAGUAAGCUCCCCGAUACGACCGAAGUUCUAUAUAUUAUGCGCGCUGCUGCUCCCCCGAAAGUUUUGAUUCAGCGCGCAGUUAUGCAGUGUGUCGUCGCGGUGCAAUAGGAAAAACCGAGCGGAACUAGUGCCAACGAUCUGUGAUCUGAUUGGAAAUGUUAGAAAGUGAAGGAAACAAGUGAAAUCCCAGUGCAUGUUUGAACAAAGAGUAAAACAGAAAAUUAGAAUCCCACGGUACUGUGAUUUAGAGGGUGGUCUUCUGGAUUGGGGCUCCGUUCCGGCAAAUGGAUUCCGGUAAUCCUCUUCUCCGUCAGCAGCAGCAGCAAGUUCUUCCACAUUUGGAACGGGAGCACCACCGCCAGCAUCACCACUACCAGUACCUCCAACCUCCACUUCAGCCGCUCCAACAACAGCAACAGCAACAACAACAACAGCAGCAGCAAGCGGCGGCGGCGGCGGCACUACUACAAGUGCAACAGCAACAUCAUCAUCAGCAACAGCAGCAGCAGCAGCAACAGCGAAUAAAAACUGGUUGGGGUGCGACGACAGCAGCAGCAGCAGCGGCCGCAGCGACUUCGUCGUUCAUACAGAAUAUUGUCAGCACCGCCGCCAGCAGUAGCAGCGGUGGAGGGGAGCUUUUGAUCCAGCCAGCCUGCCAGUCAGUCAGCUCCGGGUCUCGGUGGGAAGAGUGAGGCGCGGCGAUGAUGUUGGUGGUGGCUUAGCGACGAGAACAGCGGAUCGCUCCACGGAAUAUAAAAUAUGCAUAGCGGCGUGGACAAAAGUUCAGCAGUCGACGAUGACGGUAAAUGGCGAGCGGGGAACAGGGGUUCUCUUCUGCUCCUUGUCCGGGUCUGAGCCCACACCCUUUGUCAUGCCCUUUGUGCUGUUGUUAGAUUGUGUGUGAGAUGCAGACGCGCCUUUUCCCUCCUAACCGCGCGCGAGAU